CAAACUAGGAACUAUCGGUUGCGGCGUUCCUCUACUUUCCCUGGCUAAACUGUUGCUGAUAUACCGACUGCCCACUCGCGGGAAUCUCGCUCGUGCGCUGACGAUCUACGCAGCAAUUUUGGCGGUUGUGUCUGGCAGCUGCCAUGCCCGUUUACGCUCUAUUUGUCGAGUACACUCUUCGAACUCGGUUUCUAGGUUUUUCCUCGUCAGUUGUCCGUCUGUUUCUCGCAGGAAAGGCUCAACUGCCGCUCCCAGGCCCCGAAUAUCGAUGGGACCCGGACUUCAGUGGAGUUUCGAUCUUGGAUCCGUCACUUUUUUACACGGGUUCUCAAAAGAACGCACUUUCCGUUGACUGAGCACGGAGGCUGUUUGCUCACUCGGCUGCAGCGAGCAGGCUGUCUGCUUUCUCGUAUGGUAGCUUUCCCCGCCUAAACAGCCGGGCGAACUGUUCCUCGUUGUGAACGCUUCUAAACUUUCAAACGGUCGUCAAGUGGAGCGGUUCUCUUCGAACUAAACCCCAGCUGUAUAAAGGUCCCGUCUCCAACACUUGAUACCGCGAUGUGCCUUUACUGAGUUCCCAAGUAUACAACUCGUACAUGUUCUGGCCUCCCUCAUUCCGCGUUGUCCCGGCUUGCUCUCGUUGGCGCACAAGCGACAAUCGAUGAGUAGCUUGCAGAUUGCAUUUUUCGUCUGAUACGGAGCCCUGGCUCUUCCUGUCUUUAAGGGAAGGUUUGGAAUUUGUGCUGAUGAGAAAUCUUCAGUCUGUGGAUCCAAUCUGAUGAAGACAAAACGUAUUUCCUUCGGCGGUUGCACGGGUUGCACGUGUCUGUACGCUGGACAUCGGUGCCAGCCGCGAGAAGUAGGUCUGCUUUUCCUCGUGGCUUUUCGAGAUGCACGAGAGCAAACUGUUUCUUUGGAAUUACUUCUUCGUUGCUGACGGACGCCUGCACUAUCCCCAGGCCUGCUCGGGUUUGUUUUGCCGUCCACUUGAGACGCGUCGGUACUCUGAUUCUCGUGGAUCCUGGCAAGUCUUUCCCACAGAUUGUUACACAUCGAUGCAAGGUUAUCCUCUACCCUGGCCACAUGCGUUGUGGCGCCCGUAUCUCACGUUUUGUUUCUGCCCUCAUAUAGUUGUGCAGACACGCCUUACAGUGACUGUUUCAUUUCACCCCUCGUCCGUAGGCUCGUGCUGUUUGUGAACAUUUCGUGCCCAAACAUCUUUAAACGUCCACGCAGGAGCGUUUUUCUGUCACACACCUUGUUUCCUCGCGAGGUGCGUUUUGUGGUGCAUGCAAGAGUUUCAGCGAUCUUUGGUUGUGGGUGCUGAUCUGUGCGGUUUUCCUAGUCUGCGUUGGCUUUCUCUCGUGCCUCGUCAGAGCGUCCACACGUAGAACUCUCCUCGAUCGCAGGAUCGAACUUCCAACGGGUUGCUUUACUCGCUGUCACGUUAGCAGUUUUCCUGAAGUGACUAGGGUGCCUUUUUUCUAUCAGGCGAAGGGACAAACAGGGUAUCUCUCAGGGUGUCAUCUCAUCUGCGCUUUAUCCUUCCAUGCACCUUUGCCUGGAGAGCAACUGCAACGAUUUGUCUGUGGCCAGAACGUUUCUGUGCCAGUCGCGUCCACGAAAAGUCCUCUUCUUGAAGUUUGAGUCGCGUUGUUUUUGCGCCCUCUUGCUUUUCUUCGAACACAACUGCCAUCCCGAUAGUCACGGUGCCGCGACGUGGCGGACUCGAGUAGACAGCAGCUGCUUGUGGGGAUUCUGAAGCGAAUUCGUUUCUUCCUCAGUCAUGGUUGUGAGGAUCUCCUGACGCCGGAAGGGGAGAGAAUGGUUGUCUGUGUCUCUUCUUCUUUCUGCGCGACCUGCCAGUGCUAGGAGGACUGUGUGCUCUGUGUUACGAGGGAUCGUAUCUUCGCUUAGAUCAACUCUCCCCUGCAGGGGAUUCCGAGAGAACAAGAAGGAGUCCUGUGCUUCUUUCUUGCGUUCUCGGCUGCCCCUAACGACGAGUCGCAGGCCGCGCCUGUGACUGUGCAUGCGUUCAGUUGAGCUAUAAUGGGGGGUGGAUCCCUGGCGGAGGAAGGACGAGGGGAGACGCGUCUCUUUUCACGUCUGCCCGACGCAGAGUCGUCGAGUGCACACACGGUUUCUCCGUCUGCGCUCUUGGAAGUCUCUUUGUCAGCGACACGGUGCGUCGGCAGAUGCGAGUCUACGGGAGCGGCUUCGUCUUUCGCUACGCUGCCGGUGGCAGUCGAGCCUGGCACUGCGCAUUCACCGACCGCCUCCGGGGAGGACCCAGUCGUCCUGACCGCUGACGGUUCUGGAGUAUUGCAGGAGCUAGCUGAAGCCACAGCCGCUGCCGGCAUUCGUGAGGGUGUAGCGGGCGAGAUACGAGGCUCGACCUUUUCCAGGAACAGAGCAGGGACAGGACAAGAAGGAACCACCGUUGAGACAUCGGGAGCGGCAGAACCAGACGAUCGGGCAGGCAGUUCGACUCCAGAAGUUCGUUCAAGCGCAGGGUACGACUCUGAAGACAGGAGGUGCUCCUCAUGGAAGAGUCGAGACGAAGACGAAAGAGAUGAUACCACCUACGUUGGCGUGGACUGUUUCUUCCUAGAGCUCCCUGAUGGUGCCGUAUGCUGCGUUGCUGGACUCGAAAACCUACCCCCCCCUGCUGAGGUGAACGAGCGAGACUCGACCGAAGGUCAGGGGGAAUUCUUUCUGGCGCGGCUUCAGUGCCACAACUGUCUGCAGUUGCUCGAGUUCGACAGCCGGGCCCAGUUCGUCCAGUGCAGCAGCUGCCAAACUUUGAACGCUGUUCAGACUCGAGCUCACAGUGGCCUCCGAGGUGGCCGGGCGAUGAUUGUGAUUUGUGGACGGUGUAGUACGCGGAACAUUUCCUGUCUCGGUUCUCUCUACGUCGAGUGUUGGCAGUGCCACACCGUGUGUCAAGUAGACUACCCUGCGGACGGCGCAGGUGUGUUGGGCCCUGGCGCCAGUUCUCGGUCACAAACGCGUCUUGGAGAGACAGGUGUGUCCUCCCGAGCCAGGCUUCGCAGUCGGCUGCUUUCGCGGCGCUCGUUUCACCGGCCUCGCAUCAGCUGGUUGAGGACGCGACGACGGGGAGCCCCCGAAGCGGCGGUCGCGAGUGGUGCCUCUGCGAACGUGGCUGGCGAGGGGACGACGGAGCCUGGGGCUUCUGCCCCUCGAUUGCUCGAAGCGGCCAGUAGGCGAAGCUCGCGGCGGCUGUUCGCGCCGUUCUCGUCUAUGCGUUUUUUACGGAGACCGUUUUUCUCGUCUCGAAGACAUUUCUCAAGUACUUCUCUUCAGCGUGGAUUUACACAUCCAGAGCAGUCCGUAGAACGCCCUGCGCCGGCGGUCGCACCCGCAACGCGGACUCCUGGGGGGUCCUUCCCACAGCCAAACGCUGGACGCCAGGGCCCUACGUCCUGGAUAUCAGAGGGCGAUUUGGGAGAGACCGAAGGGCGUGGGGCGGUUCCUGCGAAUUUAGGAGGAGCUGACAGGGAGUCACAUCGCCUCUAUCGCAUGGCGACCUCCACCUUUCCGCGGCGCAGCGAACCACUGGGACAGACGCACAGGGCUGCUCGCUCCUUGCCGGGACGGAGCAGGCCCAACUCAACUGGGGGCCAGGAAGGCCCACACCGAGCGGCCUUGGCUAUGCAGAUUUCAGCUGAGUCAUGGGAAAGGUUUUCGGUCGAGCCGGCGACUUCAGCGGUCGCUGAGGAGCUUCUGCCCAGUGCGGAGGGCGCUUCCGUCGCCGGGGGAUCUUUUUCUCCGGGGCAGGAGGCUCGAGAUCGAGGUAGAAGCCUUCCGGACGUCGGGACGUCUCCAGCUGCCGGCCUGCAGUUGCGAGAGGCGACUACUGUUCCUCCUAAUACAGUGGCGACAGUGGCGAGACACCAAGAGGGGGAAUGCGGUGAAAGGCCAAGGCGCUUGGCGACUCAGGGGGUCAGGUCUGAGUCGAGCGCCAGUGAAGGCUGUGCCGAGACAGGGGUAAAUGAACGUGGCUCCAGUCGAUUUCGUCUAAGCAGCCUGCUCAACGCGCAGAGAGCCGCCGAGGCGGAAGAACGAGAACGAAGUUCAGCAUCGGUCUCUGAGCUAGAGAGCAGUCAGCGAGAAUCCCGUUCCGGUUGUUCAGGCGACACACGGCCAGCGAGGCCUGAGGCUGCAGAAAGGGAGGCACGGCAAAACACAGCAUCUAGUCGUAACGUAGGCGCAACGAGGGGAGAACUGCUGCCCUCUGGCGGUGCAGAAGGACUACACGCAUUGCAGCCCCUCAUGGACGAUGCUGGCACCUCCGCGCUCGGAAGGGACACCGAGUCGGGCCGAUAUGACGCAUCAAACGAGACACAUGACGUCACGAAUAAUCCUGCCGAUUCCACGAGUCGUAGCACGAUCGGUCAUCGCUCAAAUGGCAGUAACUCAAUGACGAGUAACAUCACUUCGAAUCGUAUCACGAGUAAUUAUAGUACCUCCAUGUCGCACAGCAACACAGCUUCCACCCGCAGUGAGAGUAACGUGUUUUUGAGUGCCUCCUUUGCGCCGCCGGCUUCGAGAAGAGAGGGGGGGAGCAGCAAUGGGAGUGGAGGCGCAGCCUUCGCACCGACCGACAGAAGAACAUUCAUGGGCCGAGGAAGAACGUUCCACUUUUUUUCGUUUUGCGCCACAGCGCUGCUUCACCGCGACACUCGCAUAGAGGGUUUUGCUGACUUUAGAGGAUUUGACACUGUGGCGCAAAGCGUUGACCAAAACGGCCGGCGCCGUGACCCCGCAGAGAGUCGCUCUGCUCCUGGGGCAGGCAGACAGACGGGGGAUUCAGAAUACUCGCAUCGAUUUCCGGGGGUGGACAGCAAUACUGUUGCGGCGCUGAGAGGGGUGGAUGACGGGCAAGUGGGGGACGGCGUGGGGGACGGAGACAGAGUUUCGACUGAAGGUCCGCAGUUCAUUCACCAUUUGGAGCUAGACAACGACGUUCUUGGGGGCACGGAAAGGGCACAGUUCAACGGGCAGCAACAGGAAAGUCUUCUGGGAUGGGAUGCAGAACGUGGAAGCAGAGCUAGAGGGUCUGGUGGCACUUCUCCACGUGUGGUGGGUGCAGACCAGACACCGGCACGACCCGUGCAUGGCAUUGACAGCGUAGAAGUGGUCGGCAACAGAAAGAAGCUGGGACGAAUUCUCACUGGUGUGCGAAGGCGGAAAACUGUAGGGGGGUGAAACGGUGCUUCACAGUUGCAACGAUCUGCGUGUUGUGUUACGCUGCUCUCGGAAGAAUGGGAUUCUGCGUGAACCAACUCGUCGUUCUGGGACGCACGUGGUUUUUCAAAAGAGACUCCCGGCGCUUUUUUCGUGCCCAAUAUAUCGAACGCGCAAUUGAGUUAUAUGUGCCGCAUAUUACCACAGCAUACUUCAUGGGAACAGCGAACGGUGAAGUAGGCGGCUCUUCCAGAACGACGUUUGCAAGUGAAUUUCCUGGUUGAGAUCGACUUCCUUUUUAAACAAAC